UCGUGGCUUCCAUCCUAGGUGACCCCUGAAUUCUGGAGGUCAAGCAGCUUAAGGCUCAAUGUUCCAUAUUUUUCAGUUGGAUCUUGUGUUUUUGGUUUUUGGUGCGAUGCAACAGCAUGUGGAAGAGAAUAUUCUAGGAAAAGGGGAGAUGUUGACAUCUACAUCAACACUUUCGAUUUGGGCAUAGUAGCUCUGAACAUUAUCUUUGGUAUUCUGAUAAGUCCGUGGAAGGUUGAUGAUCUUUUUGGUAUUCUCCAAUGUUUCAGUAGAGUAAGGAUCAUUUCUUGACCAGCACUGAGACUCAUUGAAUUAUUUUUCUUCAGAAAAACUUCCACUACUGAAAAGAACGAGGUACACCCUGUAUUAUUCAUACUCCUUUUAUUUCCAGAUCGACGAACAUUUGAACGAACCCCUGUCGAUCCAAAAUCGAGAUAAAAAACUCUCUACUGUGAUAUUCUUCAUCAGCUAUACUAUUUCUGUUCUGGGUAUAAUCUUUGAGACGAAUUCCAAGUUUGAGAAAGGAAUAGUUGAUCCUUCAUUACAACACGUGAGGAGUUAUGGUACGGCCAUACUUUUUUACACCCUCACCCUGACCCAACAGCUUACAUACUGGAAUAUCAUAAGGUUUGUGAGGAAGAGAAUGAAAUCGAUGAAUAAGAAGAUCCAAAUGGAGAUCACUAAGUAUCGAGGGCUAAGAACUGUAGGCUUAGCAGGGGUUAAUAUAGCAAGAAAAUCUUCGAGAGAGUAUUACGUUCAUCAAGUUAUCGAUGAGAGAGUGGAGGAAAAUUGUUUUAAUUUGCAUAGAAGAGAUGCUACAUUGAAAAGGCUACGUCAUUUGAUGACUGUCCACGAGCAGAUUUAUCUCUGUGUUAAUUCGAUCAACAAGUUUUUCGAUUAUCCCAUCUUGCUGAUUAUCAUCAACUGCAUCAUUGAAAUGAUAGUAAAUCCUUGGUUGCUCAUCACCAGAAGUCCGAGUAUACAGAGGGAUAAAUGGAUGAUGAUUAUAUGGAUAGCUUUAAGAGCCAUUCAACUGAUUCUUCUGGUUGAACCCAUCCAUGGAGUACUGGCUGAGCACAGUAAGACUAAUCUAUUCAUCGUGCAACUUAUGAAAGAAGCUGAUGAUGGCCCAGUAAGAAGACAGAUUGAAUUGUUUUCCAUGCAGAACCAGAUUUGUAAUAUUGAAUUCACCUCAGUGGAUAUGAUAUCACUUCACAGAUCUAUUUAUGCUGCGGUGACUAGUGCUGUGACAACAUAUCUGGUUAUACUUAUACAAUUCAACAAAUGA